AUAUUUAAUAAAUUUUUUUUAAGGCAGGGUGAGCGCUCGAACCCAAUAUAUUGAGAUUUUUCAUUUGGUUUCCAACCAAUAUGCUAUACAAUUACACUUUAGAGCGCUUGCGAACUUAAUGCCAAAUCUUCUUCAACUCGAUGCAAAUAUUCCUUCUUAUUUUUCCUCCUCAUCUCCUUUAUUCCCAUGAGGACCAAAUUCCUAUUAGUAGAAGACCAUAUGACCACCUUUUGUUCUCAGAUGGUCCUCUCCACCACUAUAUUAAAAGAAUCUCAGUACUUUCAAAAUUACAUCUAGCUUCUCCUAUUUAUAUGAACACCCUUCAAUAGUUGUUGCUGAAACAAGCCACCAAUUUCUGAACUUCAGCUCAGUUAACCAAAAACCAACUCCAUUCUUCAAACUUCACCAUUCCUCUCUUAUUUUCUCAAUUGAACAUCGCUUAAAGUCACCGAUUACUUUCCAUAAAUACAUUAUUAAGUUGAAAGUACAUAUGAGCUCCAGAGACUCUAAUGAUGUGGGAGCUCAAUUCAGUGACCAGAAGACUCCUACAAUCCUGAAACUCAAACUCAAUGAGGAAGCUAUGAAAUCAAGUAAUUCAAAAAGAAUUUGGGUUCCUGGCCCUUUGAUCAUCGGAGCAGGCCCAUCCGGCCUGGCCAUUGCGGCAUGCUUGAAGGAGAAAGGUGUGCCGUCUCUGAUUCUUGAGAAGGAAAACUGCAUCGCCUCCUCUUGGAGGAUGAGGACCUACGAGCGCCUGAAGCUACAUCUACCAAAGCAUUUAUGUGAGCUACCACUCAUGCCAUUUCCAUCGGAUUUUCCGGUAUAUCCUACAAAGCAGCAGUUCAUAAGCUACUUGGACUCCUACAUCAAGCAAUUUUCAAUUAGACCGUUCUUCGGGAUGGAAGUUUGGAAGGCAGAGUAUGAUAAAACCAUUGAAUUUUGGAGGAUUAAUGCUGGAGAUGAUUGGGAGUUUAUAUGUAGAUGGCUGAUAGUUGCUACUGGGGAGAAUGCUACAGCGAAGGUACCUGACAUUCCUGGCAUGGCAGAGUUCAAAGGAAGGAUUUUGCACACCAGCUCUUUUAAACAGGGAGAUGAUUUUAACGGGGAAAGAGUUUUGGUUAUUGGGUGUGGAAACUCAGGCAUGGAGGUUUGUCUGGAUCUUUGCAACAAUCAUGCAAGAGCUUCCAUGGUUGUUAGAGAUGAGCUUCACGUAUUGCCUAGAGAAGUGCUUGGAAUCUCAACUUUUGGUCUCUCAAUGUGGUUGUUGAGAUGGCUUCCAAUGAGUGCGGCAGACUGUUUACUCCUCUUAUGUGCUCGGUUGUUUCUCGGAGACACUGAAAAGCAUGGGCUAAGAAGACCCAAAAUAGGGCCAUUAAAACUGAAGAAUUCCACCGGAAAGACACCUGUGCUUGAUAUUGGAGCCCUCUCAAAGAUCAAAAGUGGCCAAAUAAAGGUGGUCCCUGGGAUAAACAAGUUCUUUGAAAAAGGUGUGGAGUUUGUGGAUGGGAAACAAGAAGAAUUUGAUGCUAUCAUCUUCGCAACAGGUUACAAAAGCAAUGUGAGUUCAUGGCUCAAGGAGGAGGAAUUCUUCUGCAAGAAAAAUGGAAUCCCAAGGACUCAAUUUCCAAACAGUUGGCGGGGCAAAAAUGGUCUGUAUGCUACGGGAUUCACAAGAAGGGGAUUGUUGGGAGCUUCCAUGGAUGCCCACAGGAUCUCAGAAGACAUUGCCUGCCAAUGGAAUUCAAAGACAAAGCAUCUACCUAUGGAGCUUUAAAUCAAAUAUAUCUAACCCUAAUUCCUCUAGAAAACACCAUUCCGCGGGAUAACAUUCCAUGUAUAGCAAUACAAUAUUUCAGAAUUUCCCACCAGCCCCUCACCUUUUUAUUUGUUGUGCCUCAAAACUUGGAAGCACUAAAAUAACAGUGCGUGAGGCCUGACAGAAGGCCAUAGAUUUAUUCCAUGCAAAUUGUGAUGAAAUAUAAUUUUAGCUCAUAAUCUAAUCAGGAAUACUGAAUCAUUUUCUGGGUAA